GUGGCGGGAGCGCUGAGGCGCGUGCGCCCGGCGGUUGGGCGCGCGGCCUUCAGCCGGAGGCGGCGGCGUUUAACGGCUCCGCACCGACGAAAGUAAACAGACGGCGUCGGAACGGUCGGCGUGAGGAGCGCGGGUGUGGUCUGUGUGAGUGAGAGGCUUUACCCCCCCCCUCCUCCUCCCGUGUCGGCCAGCGCCGGGAGGCGCCAACAAACUGGCGAGGGAUUGAACCGUGGCCCCGCUCCCUCCCUCGCCCCUGACAGCGACCCGGAGUAGGAACAGAUCCCCCCCUCCACCCCCCGAGGCGAGGGCGACGCCGGCUGUGCGGCACCCGCCCAGCCAUGCACCCGUCCUGCCAGCGGCCCGUCGCCACUUACCCCGACAAGAGCGGCGAGCAGGUGGAGAAGGAGCUGCACGAUGGCCUGGAGGAGGGCAAGGAGCGCUUCAAGGACCUCAACGACCGCUUCGCCAAGUACAUCAACAACACCAUCCUCAGCCUCAUGCGCCGCAACAAGGAGCUGCUGGCCGAGCUCAAGAACGCCGAGAAGGACGAGUCCUGCCGCUCCGAGGCCAUCUUCCAGAAGGCGAGGAACGACCUCAAGUGCCGGCUGGAGGAGCAGCAGAAGGAGCUCAACUGCCUCAAGGCGGACAAGGAGAAGUACAAGAAGAGAUUAGAAAAAGAGAUUCAAUUAAGAAAGGAGGCUGAAAAAGAUUAUGAAGAUUUAAGAAAGAAAACCGAUGAAACCAAUGUUGCAGUAGAUAAACUUCAACGUAAGGUUAAACUUAUGGAAAUACAACUAUCACAACUGGAAGACAUACGUGAUCAGGAACGCAUUUAUUGGCAGAAGAAGGUGGACCACAUACAAAACCUUGAACAGGGAGACACACACAGAGCAGAUCUAGAACAAGCUCUUAAAGAGAUUCAUGCUGAAUAUGAACAGCUUGCUAAGAGAAAUAAAGAGGAUAUGGACAAAUAUAAGCAGAAGUUUGAGGAAGCAAACAGUAAAGCAUUGGAAAAUGCCAAGAAGGAACUUGAGUGCUAUCGCAAAGAGAUGAAUGAGCUAAAAUUAAAAGAUGAACUAAUGAAGAAUUCACUGAUAGAAAAGGACAAAGAUAUAUACAGACAGAGAGAAUGCAGUAAAGUACUGGAAAAAAGGAUUGUCCGUCACACAAAUGAAUAUCAGGAGCUAUUAAAUGUAAGACAGCUUGAGCAAGAGAUCGCCACUUACAAAAAUUUACUGUGUCAAGUGGAAAAGAAAGCAAGGGACUACUCAACUCAGCCGUCUAUAACUGAUAAAGAAGAGGAGACGAGAUGAUACCAGUGAGGCAUGCAUAAUGUCUUCAUCUGAUGAAGACAAGGAAUCUGAGGAAAAUGAAGAUUUGUGUGCCCUUGAUCAAGACUAAGACGGGAGUGGGCUGGACAUAAUAAAUGAUGGCAGAUCCGAGUCCCAUCACCUCCACGUUCUCACUUACAUUUUACGGGAAGAGCUCUAACCUUAAAUACCACACCAGAAAAUA